AUGAAUUAAAAUCAAAAAUAAUUACCUUUCAAAACAUUCCAAUUACUCUAACUCUAAUGUUAAAAGAGUAAGAAGCUUUUAAGUGUAAACAUUCGUCAAGAGUCAAAAUUAACUGGCAAAAAUAAAAGCACAUUGAGCUUAGAAAUAAAUGCAAAUGAUGAUAGCAUUAAUUUUAUUGUUGAAUUAUAGGAUGAGACUGAAAAUGAAUUCCUAUGUUAUGGAGACUUGAUAGCAAUAAAACAUUUCAAGAGUCAAUUGUAUGUGAAUACAUCAAGUGAUAACAAAAAUGAUGAACUUAAGGAAUUUGAAGUAAACUUAAAUGAAGACCCUGAAUACUUUGUGAUUCAACCUCCAGAAGAGGAGAAUUUCUCAUUAAUAAAGUAUGUGAAUCAAUAAAUCACACAUCCUUUUCGAUUGCUGUCUUCUGAUAAUAAAAACUAUUUGAUUACUCAAUAGAAAAAUGAUAAGGUGGUUUAUCUGAUUGGUAGAUAGAAGUUGAAUUAUAAAAAUUAACAAGAAGGAAUUUGGAAUUUUGUACAGAGUAAAUCUACAAACAAUAAUCUGAAGAUUUUUGAUAGAGUACAUAAUGCGCCAAUCUUCAUAGAGACUGGAAGGAAAGUAAUUAUAAGGAAUUGGUGGACUGGGUUUACCUUACAUUCUCACAAUUUUUAAUCUCAGCAGAGGAAAACUCAAGAGGUCACCUGUUAUAGUUACCCAAGAGAUGGUAAUUAAUUAAUGUUCUAUGAUAUCUAGAAAAUGAUUAUUGGGGCAUUGUUAAAUAAAAUUCCAGGAAUACUUCUAGAUUCAUUAGUUAUGAUGAUCAAAUUUUUCUGUAGCAUAUAGGAACUGGCAAAUAUUUAAAUGGUUCAGAUCAAGAUUCCUAUUCAAAAUUAGGUAAGCUUGUGCUUUGUUCAGAUAAUGCUGCAUUGCUCAAUACUUAGGGUAUACUUAGAUUGUUAUUUUAGCAUUUGAUGAUUUCAUCUUAGAAGUGAACAAGCCAUUUACUAUUAAAUUUAAUAAUUAUUUCUUGGCUCAAAGUUCAUUGAGAGCCGAGAGCAAUACUGGAAUACAGCAGGAGUGCAUCUAUGUUAUGAAACAGAGUUAAGAAUGUUUAUGGAUCAUAGAAAAUAUGAUUUGA